AACCCUAACCCCUCCGGAUCGGGCUCUGGCGGAGAGAGAGAGCUACAAUGUCGUCGACUCUACUGGAGGUGACUCGCGCGGCUCACGAGGAAGUGGAGCGGCUGGAACGGCUUGUAGUGAAGGAUCUACAGACCGAGCCUACCUCCAACAAGGGCCGCUUGUUUCAGACUCACCGCGUCCGUAACAUGAUCGAUACAAUCACCGCCACUACCGAAAAACUCGUUGAGAUUUAUGAAGAUAAAGAUAAUGCGAGGAAGGAUGAGAUUGCAGCUCUUGGAGGCCAAACUGCGACAGGAACAAAUGUGUUUAGUGCAUUUUACGAUAGAUUGAAAGAGAUUCGUGAGUACCAUAGGAGGCAUCCGGCUGCACGUGUUGUUGAUGCUAAUGAGGAAUAUGAAAAUCUGCUAAAAGAGGAACCGCUAAUUGAGUUCAGUGGAGAGGAAGCCUUUGGACGGUUCCUAGACUUGCAUGAACUGUUCAAUCAGUACAUUAACUCUAAGUUUGGAGAACACAUUGAAUACUCUGCUUACCUUGAUGUUUUCUCACAGCCACUUAAGAUCCCCCGCAAGAUGAAGAUGACUAGGCAGUACAGGGAAUAUAUGGAAAAUCUGCUGGAGUAUUUAAUUUACUUUUUUCAGCGGACAGAACCACUGCAAGAUCUGGAUAGAAUAUUUUCAAAGGUUGAGGCUGAUUUUGAAGAGCAAUGGGCCAAUGGCAUGAUACCGGGAUGGGAUAAUGAGGAUCAAGAAAAUGGGCAUGUUCCUUCUGAGCAUACUGUAAUAGAUCUUGAUUAUUACAGCACUGUUGAAGAGCUAAUGGAAGUGGGUCCUGAAAAGUUGAAGGAGGCAUUGGCUGCUUUAGGACUGAAGAGUGGUGGUACUGUACAACAGCGCGCAGAGAGGCUUUUCCUUACGAAGCAUACUCCUCUGGAGAAGUUGGACAAGAAACAUUUUGCUAAAGGUUCACGUGGCCCAGAAAAAAAUGGAGUUGCUGCACCACCACAAGAAGUUGGCAAUUUAAAAGACAUUGCCUUGAUGGAGGCUAAAAUGCAAAAACUGUGUGACUUACUGGAAGAGACAAUUGAGCGAACAAAACAAAAUGUUGAGAAGAAACAAGCUUUGACAUAUGAGGAAAUGGAAGCAGAACGUGAGGAACAGGAGGAGACACAAGUUGACACUGAAAGUGAUGAUGAAGAGCAGCAGAUUUACAAUCCCCUGAAAUUGCCAAUGGGUUGGGAUGGGAAACCUAUACCUUAUUGGCUGUACAAGCUUCAUGGUCUGGGACAGGAAUUUAAGUGUGAGAUAUGUGGGAACUACAGCUACUGGGGGCGUAGAGCCUUUGAGCGGCACUUCAAGGAAUGGCGCCAUCAACAUGGGAUGCGUUGCCUUGGUAUUCCAAACACCAAGAACUUUAAUGAAAUCACAUCAAUUGAGGAAGCCAAAGAUCUGUGGAAGAAAAUACAAGAACGUCAAGGUGUGAACAAGUGGCGCCCAGAUCUCGAAGAAGAAUAUGAAGACAAAGAGGGUAACAUCUACAACAAGAAGACAUACACUGAUCUGCAGCGCCAAGGACUGAUCUAAGGAAAUGAUCACCUCUGGGAUGCGAGAGAAGCUACUCUUGGAUUACAUUCCAAGGUGGUGAGCGUUACUUCACUUGAUCUCCAUUUCACUCUUUGGUGGUUGGCUUACGUGUGAGCCCCUAAUAUGAGGUAUAGUUCAUGAACAUUGAACUUGAUACAAUGUAAUACUGUGACUGUUGGGUUUGGCUCAGUUUACACAGUAAUCUAGCGUCAGGUCAGGGUAGGUGUUCGGAUUAUAUCUGCUUGGCGAAAUGUAAUGCUGCUAUAUACUUGUCAUAGUAAUUAGCAUACUUUUAAAGUAAUGAUUUUUUGCACCAUCGAAUGUAUCCUUAGAUUUUUCAA